AUGAGUCGGAAAAGGCCUGAUGAACGGCGUAAUCGAAGAAGUAGAAGUAGAAGUUACGGCAGCAGUCGCAGUGGCAGUCCUGAUGAGGAAGAUGGUGUGAGACUUCAUGUUGCUGAUUUAGGAAUGGGUGUAUCAAAACGUGAAUUGCAGCAUGUUUUUGACAAAUAUGGUCCUCUAAGAGAGAUAUGGGUUGCGAAGUCACCACCGUGCUUUGCAUUUGUUGUUUUUCGAGAGAAGGAUGAUGCAGAAGAUGCCGUGAAGGCAACAGAUGGCAUGACUUUGUGUGGGAGCCGAAUCCGGGUGACAUUUGCUCGUCCCAGAACUCGAGGGCGUGGACAACGUGGCUAUGAUCCCAACAUGCGAUGUUACCAGUGUGGGGAGAGAGGCCACUUCUCACGGGACUGCCCAGACACCAAGUAUGGAUACAAGAGGCCACCUUCUAGCGGAGAUCAUAUUGAAUAUGCAAGGAAAAUGCAUGUGAUUUGCAGGUCUCCUCCACCAGGAAGUCGUCGCAGCCACAGACCCCAUGAAACUGGAAACCGAGGGUACAGGCCUAGCCGUCGACGUUGA